GUUGGCUGGGGAACAGCGAAGAUUUUACUGAUAAAGUGGUUCCUGUCUGUCUCUGUCUUCAGCCUCCUCGUAGAGUAUAAAGCCUGCAGCCCACCGCAGCUGCCAGUGGGUAUCGUGCGCAUUUAUACAGCAGGUGUUCAGAGUUUAACAACUGUGGAAGAUAUGACUCUUACAGCAAUGGCUGCAUCUCUCUUCAGACUGAGACUCUUCGCCCUCUUCUUUCUGUAUUCAGGACUAGCAGAUGCUAAAAUAGAGAUCAUCACCAGUGAGACGGACAUCAAGGUCGGAACUGAACAUUUAUUACUGUGCAAAGCUGGUAAAGAGGCAGAUAUUAUUUGGCAGAAGGAUGGGGAGGACGUGGACGAAGAUCGCCAUGUAGUGGAGAAAGUAGAUGAAACUUCGAGUAAACUGUACUUGAAGAAGGUUGACCUAACAGACAGUGGAACGUACACAUGCAAUUGUGACUAUGAAACUCACACUGACAAGGCAUCCAUCAAAAUCCUUGUCUACGAGGACCCAAACUUUGGCAAGACAAAGACAUACCAUGAGUUUUUGGUGAACCAGACAGUGCAUGUCCCAUGUGUGGUCACUGGGAAGCCUGAUGUGGAGAUCAACUGGUAUCGGGAUGGUCACCUUUUGAGCAAUGACGGCAGUGGUCAUCUCACAGUUCUGCCGAAUAGGAAUCUGCAAAUUACGAACAUUCGUAAGAGUGAUCAUGGAACCUACACCUGUGUGGCGAACAUAAAAGAUCGACCGACCAUAAAGAAGGUGCUGGACAUCUCUGUUGCUGUAAACGUUCCACCGACCGUGAUGAUUCGCAGUGAGCGGACAAAUGUUCAUGCGGGACCAGACACAAAUGUGACAGUAAUCUGCCUGGUUUCAGGAUAUCCGCAACCAACCAUUAUCUGGACAGUGCCUUCUACCUCAGAUUCCUCUCGCUACAUAUACAACUCAGACAAGAGUGAGCUCAUCAUCCCAGCUGUGGCCAGAAGUGACUUUGGAGAAUACGCCUGCACGGCUUCCAAUAAGCUUGGAGAUGACAGUGCAGCGUUCAUACUGGACGUCUCAGAACGCCCAUCAGUGAUCUUGAGCCAGGAGGAGAUGGCAGUGAAGCUUGGAGGGUCCGUGUCUGUGUCCUGCAAUGCCACAGGACACCCUUCACCCACCAUUGAGUGGCUCAACCCUGAGGGCAAGAAAAUAGAAGGAUCAGAGUCUGAGCUCAAUAUCGAGAAUGUGAAGCCCUCUGAUGGCGGUGUCUACUCCUGCAAAGCCCACAACAAGGCAGGCAGCACCACAAAGGAUUUCAGGCUAAUAACUGCACCUGCAGUGCCCAUCUAUUUCACUGUUUCACCUGGACCCACAUCAGCCCACAUCACCCUGCACGCUCCCAUUAUAGAUGGAGGGUCUCCCAUCACCAAGUUUGUCAUCCAGUGGAGAAAACAACCACAAGAUGAGUGGAGUCAGAUUGCCAUCCCUUCUUCUGAAUCGCUGGUAGUCACAUCUCUGGCUCCAUACACUGAGUAUUCUGUGCGCUUUGCUGCCAAAAGCGAACACUUUAUUGGUGGCUUGUCUGCUGAGAAGAAGAUCCGCACCCAGGCCAGACAGGGGGAGCCGGACAAGCCUGUGCUGUCUUCUACUGAUGGCAAGUUAGAGGGAAACUCCUACUCCAUCCCAAUCAAACAGCUGGACGAUGGAGGACAUCCCAUUCAACAUUUCUUAGUGCGCUACAGGAUGGAAAAGGAGGGUGAGAACUGGAUAGAAAAGGAAAUGCCUGCCAGCUCCACUAAGAUUCAGCUACAGAAUCUUCAGUACAACUCAGACUACCAGAUGGAGGUCUUGGCAUUUAACAUUAAUGGCUCUUCUAGCCCAGCCAAACUCAAUUUCACCAUUCCACAGGCCGUGAGUAAGCCUAGCUUGGGUAAAGGUGGAGUGGCUGGAAUUGUCAUAAUCGUCUUCCUGGUGCUGCUGGUGGCAGUGGAUGCGUUCUGUUGCUAUACAAACCACUGUGGCCUGCUCAACUUCCUGGCCAGAAAACUGUUUGGCCACAAGUUGUCUGAGGCUAAGAGCUUGGAGGAAGGGGUGAUCAACAAUGCUGCUGUAGACAUGAAAGGGCUAGAGAAACCGAGGGGUAGCAUCCCAAAACUACAGGCACAAAAGAGGGAGACGAACGGGGUACAUUCGGAGGUCACGUGCGACAAAGCUCCCCUCACCAAAUUCGAGAAACCGCCCGUCAACGGUGACUCGUCCAACGAAGCACGACUUUGAAGGCUUUACUUCAUUGCAUUUUUAGAGGAAACACAACUCAAAACUCAAAACAAUGGCCCAAGGAACAUAGGUUUCUAGACAACCGAUGCCAAGAAGUAGCUCUAGAACGUAAGAGGUAUUUGUCUGUAUAAUAGCAAAUCAUCUUCUGGACAACAGAUGCUAAGGUGUAGCUCAAGAAAGUAGGAGGUAUGUGUCUGUAUAAUAGCAAAUCAUCUUGAGACAGAGAUGGAUAACCACAGUUGUAUGUAAUGCCAAGCCCAAGUAUGUAAUGCCAAGCCCACAGUUGGUGCAGAUAAGGAAGGCACUGUUACUUCAAAUCCAAAAUGGGAUUAAAAUGGAGUGGAUUGUGAGUUUAAGAAAGCAGCUAACUGUUUCUACAGUACCUAAUUAAUAAUAUUGUUCACUGUUAAAGCAACAAUGCAUAAUGAAUUGACCCUGACUAAGCCCCACCCCCUUGCUUCAUCUGACAAGCUUUCAAGUUUGUUAACUUGCAAGGAUAGACUAUUAACCUGUGAAUGUUUUAGUAAUAAUUAGAUGAAAAUACAUCCAAAAUAUUAGUAAGGAGUACAUAAAAAAGGUCUCCUAUAGAAAGGCUACAUAAUGCAGAUCAGUGUAGAUGAUUUUAAAGAUAACGUAUUGUGUUUGCCCCAGCGUUCUCUAGGUGUUCAUAGCUGUUAAUAAAUACUAAUUUAUUUUCAUUAUUUGAAGUGUACAUUGAAGUAACCAUUGUUUGUACCAUUGUUGUACCAUGUGAUCAUUUUAAAGUUCUGAAAGCUUGUCAGAGACGCCCACACCACCUAGUUACAGUUUCUAAGCUGCGAUUGGAUGAUCUGUAUUAAGGGGAGGGGUUUGAUGCUCGUUCAGAGGCCGUGCAUUACGCUGCUUUUCUCUGAUAUGCUGUACAUACUGCAUGUAGUUUUUCAAAAACUACAAUUUGUUUGGCUUUGUAAAUUUCAGCAUGCUGUAUUGUGGAAUUAUUAUGGGAGUAUACUAACUCAUGCAUUAUUACUGCUAAUUUAUUGUACAUUUAAUAUAUGCUUAUAAUAUUAACAGCAACAGAUCUUGAAUGUUUUAUUGCAGUUCUGUGCAAAUGAACUAUUUCUUUUUUUUAGCUUCAGCUACUGAAGAACAUGUCUUUAUUUGAAACUGCUGAAAUUGUUUUUUUAUUGUUCAUUUCUGGCUGAAGGCAGAUUGUUAAUAGGAACUUACAAGUGGAUGUACAAACAUAUUUGUAUAAUUCAGGCUUCAGAAUGCACUGUAUAUUUUUGUACAUACAUAUUUUGUCAUUCUUUUUUAUGCACUGUAACAUAUUUUAUAAAAGCAUUGUGGACGGUGUGAAAUUUAUAUAUUUACAGUUAUGUUGUCAAUUUGAUAUUAAAACAAAUCUUUUGUGUAUAAAUUUGAGUUUGUCACAG